AUGUCGUGUGGACUGCUACGACCUACUCUUCGAUGGGGCAUCAUUGGGACCGGCCUCAUAUCGUCCUGGUUUGUGAGCGACAUGGUUGUCCCACGGGCAGACGCGACUGCAACGCAUAUUAUCCAAGCGAUAGGUUCAUCGGAGAAGGAGAAGGGUAGAGCAUUUGUCCAAAAAUAUGGGGGCGAUGCUACUCCAUCGGUUUACGGCAGCUAUGAUGCGGUCUACGCAGACCCGGAAGUUGAUAUUGUCUACAUCGGGAUCCCGCACGCCUUCCACAAAAAUGCAUGCCUGAAGGCGAUCAGCCAUGGAAAACAUGUCCUCUGCGAGAAGCCCUUUACCUUGAACACACAGGAGGCGCAGGAAGUCUUCGAUGCAGCCAAAGACAAAGGUUUAUUUGUGAUGGAAGCGAUGUGGACCCGAUUUAUGCCACUGACAGUGCAACUCCUACAAUUGAUCCAUCGAGAAAAGGUGAUCGGAGAUGUGCAUCGGGUCUUCUGUGACUUUGGUUUGGUCAUGGACCUGGACAGCUUACCUGCUACCUCACGUCUGAAAGAUCCAGCCUUGGGCGCGGGGAGUCUGCUCGACAUCGGAGUGUAUUCCCUGACCUGGGGAUUGUUAGGACUGGACGAGGGUAUUGCCGACACGGCAUUGACUCCGCAGGUCUUUGCGGUGCAGAGUAUCAGUCAUGGCAUUGAUAUCGCGACCUCGAUUGUGCUGCAUUACCCGCAGAACGGUCGUCAGGGCAUUCUCACAUCGACCAUGAAGGCUAAGUCGGACCUGGUAUUUGCCCGGAUUGAGGGAUCGCAAGGCACCAUUCUCAUUGAGGGGGUCGCCACGUCUGUGCCGCACCGGUUUAUGGUCAUUCCCAGUAAUGCCACCGCAGAGCGCCAGGUUUAUGAUGCUCCCCCAAAGGUGGGCAAAGGAUUUUUCUACGAAGCCGACGCGGUGGCGCAUGAUAUUGCCGCUGGACGGGUCGAGAACGCGACCAUGCCGUGGAAUGAGACGCUCCGGGUGCUGGCGCUGAUGGACGGCAUCCGGAUGCAGGGUGUUGCUCGUGAUGCAUAA